AUGGAUAAUGAGUCUUUUAUAAUAGAACAAAACUUUGAUACUUGGAAUGAAUUUGUAGCAUCACAAUCAAUUAAUAAGCAUUGUUUACUAACGCUGCAUGUAAAUAUAAGAUCCAUGUUAAAGAACUUUGACCACCUAGAAUACACCAUACUUAACUGUAAAAAAACAGUCCAUUUAAUUGUGAUUACGGAAGCGAAUAUAAAUGAUAAUUGUAAACAACUAUAUCAGUUAGAAAAUUACAAUAUGUAUACAGAACUUAGGAAUCAUCGAAAAGGUGGUGGUAUUAUUCUAUACAUACAUAAUAGUCUAGAAUUUAACAGGUCUAACUCAUGUACAUAUAACUUUGAGUGUAUAACAGGCGAAAUAAAAACACUUUAUAACUACAAACUCGGAAUCUGUGCCGUAUAUAGACCACCGGAGAAAAGUAUACCGCGUUUUAUUGAUGAACUAACUGUUUUGAAUAGAAAAUAUGCGCAUAAUAAUAAUUUGAUGAUUAUAGGAGACAUGAACAUCGAUUUAAAAAAAAUUAAUAUGCAACGAAAUCAGUAUUUAAACAAGUUAAGUGAAUUAGGUGAUAUUAUAACGAAAUCUUGUAUUGACCAUAUUUUUAUGCGUAGCGUAGGUAACUGCGACGUGCACACAGCCGUUAUCAACAUCGCCCCAGCUGAUCAUUGUAUAACCGGUUGCCUGAUAAAAGACAAUACGCUUUUUACCCCGUCACCUACAGCGAAUAAGACGGUAACUAAACUUAAUCAUCAAAAACUUAAACUUGAACUUAAAAAUAUCGAUUGGAGUUCAACACUGGAAAUGAAAAACCCCAACGACAUACUUAACUUUAUUAUUGAUAAAUUUACUUUAGCUUAUGAGAAAUGUAAGUACAGUGUCAAGCUUAAUUAUGAUAGUAAACGAAAAAAAUGUAUGUGGAUUGAUAAAAAACUAAUAUAUAUGUUCGGUAUGCAAAGUCGGUACAACCCCGCUUUGCAAGUCAAUAGAUUCAAAUAUAUUUGA